UCUUUCCUGAGUCUGGUGUGAGUGAAGGUGAUAUGUUUUUGUCUGCUAACCAAGUUGAGGCAUCUUUAAGGGAGGAUGCACAGGUAUACAUGAUCUUAUCUAGUAUGAGUGUUGAGACCAAAACCCCUGUGAGUGAUAUACCAUUGGUGAGAAAGUUUCCAGAGGUGUUUGAGGAGGUGUCAGGAUUACCACCUGAGAGAGAGGUCGAGUUCUCGAUAGACCUAGUGCCCGGUACUGGACCCAUAUCCAUAGCACCUUAUAGGAUGUCCCCUGUGGAGUUGGGUGAGCUUAAGAAACAGUUAGAGGAACUUUUAGAGAAACAAUUUCCUGAAGAUGUUCCGAAGACUGCCUUUAGGACCCGUUACGGUCAUUAUGAGUACUUGGUUACGCCUUUUGGUGUGACCAACGCCCCUGGUGUGUUCAUGGAUUAUAUGAAUAGGAUCUUUCACCCCUACCUAGAUAGUUUUGUAGUGGUCUUCAUAGAUGAUAUCUUAGUGUAUUCUAAGACGAGAGAGGAACAUGAGGAGCAUUUGAGAGUUGUGUUGCAAACCCUUAAAGACAAUAGACUGUAUGCUAAGUUGUCCAACUGUGAUUUUUGGCUAGAGGAGGUGAGCUUCUUAGGGCAUGUUAUAUCUAAGGGAGAGAUAGCGGUAGAUCCUUCCAAGGUAGAGGCAGUGAUGAGUUGGGAGAGUCCUAAGUCAGUGUUUGAGAUUAGGAGCUUUCUUGGCUUAGCAGGAUACUACCAUAGAUUCAUAGAGGGUUUUUCUAAGCUAGCCUUACCUUUGACUAAGCUUACUCGUAAAGGUCAAGUUUUUGUGUGGGAUGCCCAAUGUGAGAGUAGUUUCCGUACCCUUAAGGAAAGGUUGACCACUGCACCAGUCUUAGUGUUACCUAAUCCGAGUGAAUCUUUUGUGGUGUAUUGUGAUGCGUCCAAGAUGGGUUUGGGUGGAGUGCUUAUGCAACGGGGACAGGUAAUGGCCUAUGCUUCUCGACAGCUUAAGAUACAUGAAAGGAAUUAUCCCACACAUGAUCUUGAGUUAGCAGCCGUAGUUUUUGCUCUUAAGCUUUGGAGGCAUUACCUUUAUGGAUCUAAAUUUGAGGUGUUUAGUGACCAUAAGAGCCUUAGAUAUUUGUUUGAUCAAAAAGAGCUUAACAUGAGGCAGAGGAGAUGGUUAGAGUUCUUUAAGGAUUACGAUUUUGAGCUUAGCUAUCAUCUAGCCUUGGGGACCAAGCUUAGGUUGAGUUCUGCUUACCACCCACAGACUGACGGUCAAACCGAGCGCACCAUCCAAUCCUUAGAGGACCUCUUGAGAGCCUAUGUGUUACAGCAGAGGGGUAGUUGGGAUAGUUUCUUACCCUUGAUAGAGUUUACCUACAACAAUAGUUUUCACUCCAGUAUAGGUAUGGCGCCUUACGAGGCAUUGUAUGGUAGAAGAUGUAGGACACCUCUAUGUUGGGUAGAUUCCAGUGAGAGCAUUGCCUUAGGACCUGAGGUAGUUCAGCAAACCACAGAAAAGGUCAAGUUAAUCCAAGAAAGGAUGAGAGCAGCCCAAAGUAGGCAGAAGAGCUACUAUGAUAAGAGAAGAAAGGAUCUUGAAUUUGCUGUAGGUGAUCAUGUAUUUCUGAGAGUCACUCCGUGGACUGGGGUUGGUAGGGCGCUGAAGUCCCGUAAGCUCACACCUAGAUUCAUUGGUCCUUUUGAAAUCCUAAAGCGUGUCGGCCCAGUUGCAUAUCAGGUGGCUUUGCCACCAUCUCUCUCAAAUCUCCACAGUGUCUUCCAUAUCUCUCAGCUCAGAAAAUAUGUCCAUGAUCCGUCGCACGUGAUCGAAUUAGAUAAUGUCCAAGUGAAAGAGAACUUGACAUAUGAAACACAACCACUGAGGAUCGACGAUCGUAUGGUUAAGCAGAUAAGGGGGAAAGAGAUUCCCUUGGUCAAAGUAGUAUGGGGAAGUGCUUCGGCGAGGAUGCCACAUGGGAACUAG